AUGGCUACUAACAACAUAUUAUACAUCAAGCAUGAGUAAUUCUUGAAAAUUAUGGAAGAAAGAAUCCAAAAUGAAGGUAUGGACACUAACAUUCAAAGAAUUAUGCAUGAUUACUUAUGCCAAAAGCGUAAAAUAACUUGGACAAUCAACUUAGAAAAGAUUUUCAUCCUCUACGUCAAGGUCUGCGUUUCUGUUGAUGAGACUGAUUGCAUUGAAGAAGCUUUAAAACAAUAUAAGUUCUUUACUCAAGCUACUUAUUCCUCUUCUUUGGAAAGUGUUUUAGUUCAAAUUCGUAGCAGCUUAGAAGUCUUAUUCAACUCUAAGAUUUAAUAAUUCCAUAUCGAUGAUGUCAAAGCUUGUGGCGAUAUCGAAUCUGAAGAAAUCGAACACGAUUUGUUAAUCAGCUAUUUAACAAUCAGCCAAAAGAAGAAGGAAAUCCAAAUCAAGAAGGUCUUGAGAUAAAUCAUGGAAACCUACAAAUAUAUCAUUGAAAACUCUAAGUUCCACAAGAGACUCGAAGAAGUUUACACCAGUACCGUUGAAAAGGUUUUGGAAUUCUGUUAGAAGUACAACCGUACUCGUGAAUUCAAGAGAUUCCUUGAAAACUAACACAACUUCUUGGAACAAAUCUUAAAGAGAGAUGUUGAUUUCAACAAAAACCCCAACCAUAUUAAUAUUUUCACCAGCGACACUCGUGAUUACAUGAUUAAAGUCAGAUUAGAUUGUGCUAAUUACUCUCUUCAAAUGGGUUACUACUCUCAUGCUUUCACUCAACUCGAAGAUAUCAGUAUUCUCUUGAACUUACGUAAGGUUAUUGCUCCUAUCAAGUCACAUAUGCUCUCUCAAUAUUACCUCUAUUUGAGCAAAAUUUUCUGGAAUUCUAAGUACUAUUGCUAUCACACCUACUUCCUCUACAACCACUACUUCAUCCACAAGAAUCUCCCCAACAUUACUGAUGAAGAAAAGCAAAAGCUCACCAACUAGAUCUUACUCAGUGUUUUAUCUAUUCCCUCCAGCUCUCUUGAAAAUUCUCAAAAUGAAGACUCUCGUAUGAAGAUUGCUCAAUUACAAAAGGGUACCAGCAAGCUUAUUCCUAGAAGAGAAGAAAUCAUCAACAUGGUUUUGAGAAUGAACCUCAACGAAUUUGCCAAUGAAUAAAUCAAUGCUCUUUUCAAUGUUACCAUCAACGAAAUCAACAUUUUCAACAUUUCUAAGAAGGUUGAACCCAUCUUCGCUUACCUCCGUGAAAGUGCUUAUUCCGAUUAUGUCAAGCCUAUUGAAGAAAAUCUCAUCAAUAGAGUUUUAAAUAGCAUUUCUAAGGUUUACAAAACUUUGAAUAUUGAAAAUCUCUACAAAUUCCUUAGCUUCUCUGCUACUGCUACCUGCGAUACUUGUUUAAUCAAUGCCAGCUCUUCCAGCUAAAUUAACUGCAGAAUCGAUUAAUCAAAGAAAGUCAUCAUCUUCAAUCCUACUAAAGCUAAAAAUGAUUACGUUAAUGCUUCAUCUAAUAUCAUCAAUCUUGCUCAAGCUGCCAAGUUGAUUUCUUCUAACAUUGUCCUCGAAUAGCAAGCCCACGAUACCAAAAGACAAGCUGAACUCAACUCAAAUGCCAAAAAGUAUAUGGAAAGCUCUACUUAAGUCCUCAGUGUCCGUAAUAAGGAAAUCCGUGAUUACAAGAUUAAGACUGAAAAGUCUCUCAACUAAGAAAAGGUCAAGAGAGAAUACGAAGACCAACUUUACGAAGAAAACGAGAGAUAACGUAAAAUCAACGAAUACAAUCUAAAGAUUGAACAAAAGAAGCUCCGUGAACAACACGAAUUGAAUGAAUUAAAGAUCAAGAUGCAACUCCGUGCUGAUAUCAUCAAGAUCAAGGGUCCUCAAAUUGCCAAGAUCGAAGGUAUUAAAAUAGAAAACAUGACUGAAGAAGAUCUCAGACCCAUAAGUCUCCAAACUUUAUAAGAACUCUAAAAGGAUGUCCAAGAUAAAAUAAAGGAUAACCAAGAAAAUAAAUAUAAAAAGGGUUUCACCAAGACUGACUACAUUGAAAGAGAAACCCGUAAGAUCGAAUCUGAUAGAAUUAAAAAGAUUAUCGAAAAAGCUGAAAAGGAAGAAAAUCUCCAACAACACAUCGAUAAUGCUCGUGUUAAGUUCGAACAAGAUUUAGCUCAAAAGAAAACUUUGGAAGCUGCAAGAUAAUUCAAGGAAAAAUUCUUCUAAUCUAUCAUGCAACAAAGAAAGGUUGAAUACGAAACCAAGAUUUAACAAUUCAAGACCCAAGUUGAAAAAGAAUUUAAGAAAAAAAUUUUAGAAAAUGCUAAGGUCGCUUACAUUGAAGAAAAGCAAAAGAAAGAAGAAGAAGAAAGAAAGUUACAAGAAGAAAAGGAAAAGAUGUAGAAAGAACAAUAAGAAAAAACAGAAAAAACAAGCAGUAAUGCAGGUUGGAGAAUCGUUGAAAAGGAAAAAGACCUUGUUCCUCCUUCUUUCGAUGAUGCUCCUAAACUCUCUGAUAAGCCCAAAGAUGAUCAAUGGAGAAUGGUUGAAAUUACUCGUCCUGAAAAGAAGGAAACUUCUAACACCAUCUCUCGUGGUCCUGGUACUACCACCCUUACUACUACUAAAAUUGAAGACAAGGGUAUUAGCAGAAACACUGCUCCUAUCUAAACAACAGAAAAGGAAGACAAUGCUUGGAGAACAACUAAAGUCUAGGCCACUACCAAGCCUGCAGAAUAAACAUCAGCUCCCUUCAGAUUCACAGGCAACAAAAGUAAUGCUCCUUCCUCAUCUCAAAACAAUUAAUAAUCUGGCAAUCCUAAUGAUGGCGGCUUCAUGAAGAGAAAUAUUGGUGGCAGUACCUAAUCUAACACCUACCCUAAUAACAAGCCUGCUUACUCUAAGCCUGCUUAAACAGGAAACCCCAAUGCUAGUAACCAAUCUGGUGGCUUCUAACGUAAUAUGAACUCCAACAACAUGAACAAUAACAAUAAGGAUAACAAGAACAACGAUAAAAAGGAGAGCAGCAAUACCACCAGCUGGAGAAAGUGA